GACUGAAAACCAAGUGAGGAGAUGAAAAUUGUACUGUACUACACCAGAGAAAACGGGGAUGAUAAACACCACAGGUAGAUCCUGAACAUUACCAGAUCCUGAACAUUCACACUGUUUCCCUUCACAGCAUUGUGCAACACUGAGGAGAUUGGACAGUAAAACCAUUAUCUGGAAAUCAGUCGGAUCAGGGGAGUUUUGAUAUACCAUCAGAUCUGAAACUGGUCAGUGGUGUGGAGCCUUCCAUCAGAACCAACCUUUCUGAAGGUUCGGCAGUGGGUGAUCGGUCAGGGUGAGGCUGGGAAGACGUGUGAGUGGCUCCAAGUGUAGUGAGUUUCAAUCAUUCAUCGAGCCUCAUGAACCAAUGACUCAUUCCUGGAGGGGAAAGGCUGUUUGCAUGUGAGGUGAGAGACAGGAGCUCUACAUGCUUGUCGCACAACUGUUCACACAAGGACAGCUGCAUGGAAGAUAAACCGUUCAAGUGUGAAGUUUGUGACAAAACUUUUGUGGCUUCGUCCAACCUCCUGAGACACCAGAGGAUUCACACAGGAGAGAAACCCUUCAGGUGUAAGGUUUGUAACAAAACAUUCAUUCAAUCUUCGGAUCUUCUGAAGCAUGAGAGAAUUCACACAGGGGAGAAACCAUUUACAUGUGAGGUGUGUGACAAAUCAUUCGCAGACUCAUCGGCCCUUCGCAAACACCAACGUAUUCACACAGGGGAGAAACCAUUUACAUGUGAGGUUUGUGAUAAAUCAUUCUCAGACUUAUCGACCUUCCGUAGACACCAAUAUGUUCACGCUGGGGAGAAACUAGUCACAUGUGAGGUGUUUGACAAAUCAUUCGCAGACUCAUUGGUCCUCCACAAACACCAAUGCAGUCAUACAGAAGAGAAACCAUUCAUGUGUGAGGUGUGUGACAAAUCAUUCUCAGACAUAGCAGGUCUCUGUAAACACCAAAGCCUCCACACCCAGAACAAACCAUUCACAUGUGAAGUGUGUGACAAAUCAUUCUCACAAUUAACAAACCUCCGUGUCCACCGACACACUCACACAGGGGAGAAACCAUUUGUGUGUGAGGUGUGUGACAAAUCAUUUUCGCAGUCAUCAACUCUCCGUGUCCACCGACACACUCACACAGGGGAGAAACCAUUUGUGUGUGAGGUGUGUGACAAAUCAUUUUCGCAGUCAUCAACUCUCCGUGUCCACCGACACAUUCACACUGGGGAGAAACCAUUCACAUGUGAGAUAUGUGGCAAAUCAUUCUCGCAGUUAACAAACCUCCAGACACACCAGCGCAUUCACACUGGAGAGAAACCAUUCAAGUGCGAGGUGUGUGACAAAUCAUUCUCACAGUCGUCAAUUCUCCAUGCACAUCGACACAUUCAUACUGGAGAGAAACCAUUCACAUGCAAAGUGUGUGAUAAAUCAUUCUCGCAUUUAACAAACCUCCGUGCUCAUGAACGCAUUCACACCGGAGAAAAACCAUUCUUAUGCAAGGUUUGUGACAAAUCGUUCUCGCAUUUGACAAACCUUCACACACAUCAGCGCAUUCACACAGGUGAGAAACCAUUCAUGUGCAAGAUCUGCGACAAAUCAUUCUCACAGUCAUCAAUGCUCCGCAUACAUCAACAUAUUCACACCGGGGAGAAACCAUUCACGUGUGAGGUGUGUGACAAAUCCUUCUCACAUUUAACAAACUUCCGCACACACCAUCACAUUCACACCGGGGAGAAACCAUUCAUGUGCGAGGUGUGUGACAAAUCGUUCUCACAAUCAUCAAUCCUCCGUGUACAUCGACACAUUCACACAGAGCAAAAACCAUUCAAAUGUAAUAUGUGUGGCAAAUCAUUCUCAAGGUCAUCCUAUCUUUUGCUGCAUCAGAGAAUCCAUACAGGAGAGUAAACCUUUGAAGUCUGAGGUUUGUGAUUAAGCUCUCACAAUGUCUUCAGUGUUCCUGGUAUACCAAAGGAUUCAUGCGGAACAUUAAACUAUUCAAAUAUGAGAUGUGCAAGUUGGGUCUUGCAUAUCAAAUUGAUCUUCCCCAUGAAUUCGCACAUAGAGAGGAGGAAUUCUAUUAAUGCUACUUCAGUAAUAAGGCAUCACAGUCUCCAAAAACAUCAGCAAAUCGGUAUAGAAACUGUCAAUCUGACUCCAAGAUUUGGAACAAAUCUGAAACAAGCAUCUUACUAACAAAACAAGCAAAAUGCACAAUGAGGUGCAGCUCUCCAACUACGAUAAUGAUGAAAGGCUGGACCGAAUCCAUCAAGUACACAUCUGUUCCUGUCAGAAUACUGGACAAGUGCUGACCCAACAUGGCAUCUUGUACAAAGGGAGCAAGAUCAGCAUCUCGUUCCCAUUCCUGAGAAACGAGAUGCUGAAGCACAUCUCACACAAAACAAUCAAGGAAUUGAGUCUCGCCUGAGGAAGGUAAGCAAAGUGCUGAUCUGGCCAAACAUUAGUAAUGAUUUGAAAGACCAUAUCAUCCUGUUCAGGGCUUGUAAUGAACAUCAAGCUGAACAAGAUAAAGAUUUGCUCAUGAUUCGUGACAUCCCAGAUGGCCCAUGGAUGAAGUUUGUAGACUGCUUCACCCGCACUGGAACUGAUUAUCUCGUCACAAUCGACGCAUUCAGGCAGUGGGGAUUGAGAGCAGUGACUACCAGUGAGAUUGUAGAAUGUCUGAAAGCUCAGUUUAGUCCGUUCUGACAUUCCUGACAUUGUGAUCAGUGACAAUGACCUCAAUUCACAAGGGAAGAAUUCAGACGUCACAUCAUUGAUUAGGAAAUUAAUAACCACACAUCAUCUCCAGUCAAACAGAAAGAAUGAGGAACUGGUGAAAAUUGCCAAAGGGAUCAUCAUAAUCAACCUGAUCCAGUGUAAAUGUCAUUGCCAAAACUGAGAGUUGGAGAGCCAGAGUGCAGAUGUUCAAUGUGUUCACAAAAAGCCAGCCGGUGUGGUAAUUUGAGACCUGUGUCAAGUGGUUGGACACUGUGAUCAUGCAGGGGCAAAGGGAACUGUCACAUCUGUUAUCGAAACGGCAGUCACCAGCAUGCAGCCAGAGAAGCUCCUUCAUUGCGGACUGCCGAUGAGGCAGAUCAUUGACUCAGUGAGAAACUGAAUGACCAUCGGUCCCAGAGGUUAUCCAUCCUCCAAUAAAUGCAAAAGCAGUUAUCACAGUAACAAUCCCUUCCUGACACCACUGCAGACUGUCAAGAUGGCAGCUCACCACCAACUUCUCAAGGGAUAUCAGUGAUUCAGCAACAAAUUCAGGCACAGUCACGGAUGUCCAAAUCCCAGAAUGAAUUCAAAGAAGUACUGACAUUGCCAGAAUAUUCCCCAGAGAGACAAAGUCACCUCAGUAACCAGCUGACACCAGCUGAGUUUCCAACAGCUCUCAUCCUUCCGAUAAGAACAUCCUAAUAAGUGCAAGGUUACAUGUUUGCGAUGUUUUUGUAGGGAAGGAUGACAUUGGGAAAUACAAGAACAAUACUGACUGUUUUUCAUGUUUGACCAUUUUCUUUACAGACUAUGAAAAUGAAAUAAAUUUUAAACGUAAGGGAA